AUGAAAGAUUGUCACAAGGCAGCAGCAAUCAACAGCUUUCAGACACGCGGCCUGCACUGCCGGAACCGGGCUUUACCUCCCCCGCCAAGCAAAAAGUCAAGACCGCCCCCGAGCUCCGAGCUCUCCUCCCACCAGCGCAAGGUAUUCCGCGUCGCCGACCACGCCGGGGUCGCGCUCGCCGGCCUCACCGCCGACGGCCGCGUCCUGUCCUGGUCCCUCCGCUCCGAGGGCAUCAACUACGCGUUCGUCUACGACGCGCCCCUCCCCGUCUCCAGGUUCGCGCUCCGCCUCGCGGACAAGGCGCAGGUCCGUCUCGGUGCCCAUCUCCCCCCUCCCUUUCCUCUCCCUACUUGA